AUAUUUUCAUAUACGUGGGUGAUGAUGUGCAGGACCUGAUAUAAGUCGGAACAUAGGAUUUCAUCCUGCAGUAAGCAAAGUGACCAUGUUGGGUAUUUGCUAAUCCUUCAGUGCCCCCUGAUGGUGAUAUCAGGAAUCAAUACCAUUAAUCAAUGUUGUUCUCCAAGGUGUGUUUAGACUUGCAGCACUUCCCAUGCUCUGGGAUACACAAUGUAACAUACAGAAGCUGGGUCUCCAUGGAUUAAGAAGGAGUAGUUAUUAUUCUCAAUUAUCAAACUUCUAUAACCGGUGACAGAAUCAAUGCACGACUGGUUGACGAGGUCCUCACAACCAUCAUCAAAGUGGGGACUUUGCGUUAGCGAGACGAGAGACAGGAGGGGACAUCAUCACCAACUAAUGGUCCUCCAGGGAGAGCCUACUCGUUUUGUGAAUUCUAAGUGAAGAGAAGAUCCAAGCUGACAAGGUGGCUAUGUAUUGUUCAGUGUGACUAAUCACUCCCCCAGGAGGCUGGUAAUCAGGAGAGACUACCUCCAGUCCACACGUGUCUCUCAGUUUAACAUGUGAUGAUAGGAACAGAGACUGUGGAAGGAAGGUCAUCCUCAAAGUGUGCAGUCAUGGAGAGUGACUUGUAGUCAUCUGGGUGUGUUGACAGUGUGUUGUGUGUCAUGGAGAGUGACUUGUAGUCAUCUGGGUGUGUUGACAGUGUGUUGUCAACAGAAUUGUGUCACAGAAGGAACUGCACAUAUUGUCAACUACAUUGAGGAUAGAGGAGUUACCUUCUUAUUGUCAACAGGAUUGUGUCAGAUACGUCAUCUGCACAUGUAUUGUCAACAAUAUAAGUGAUAGAGGAGUUACCUGCUUAUUGUCAACAAGAGUGUGUCAAAUACGUCAUCUGCACAUGUACUGUUAACAAUAUUAGUGAUAGAGGAGUUGCCUGCUUAUUGUCAACAGGAUCGAUUAUGUCAGAUGAGUAGUGUCUGCAUGAGGGUAGAGCUGCUUCUUAUCAUCAGAUGACAAGGUACCUGACAUACGGCCUGGCUACAUAGCCUGCUGGAGAUGACCCUCUACACUGUACAGGGGACAACUCUGUUGUAGUCAACAACUCUGUCUGAAGUCAACAAGUCAUCAUAUCCCCGCCCACAAGACUGGUAGUGAAGAAGUACUGAGUCAGGUGCAGAUGCACAGUCCUAUUGUAUCCCCAGCCCACAAGCCUGGUAGUCAACAAGGCCUGUGUUUGAAUCUUAAAGGUACAGGUCAUAUUGUGUCGCAGCCAGCAGUCCAGUGAUCGAGGUGCAGAGGUACCUGACACAUGCUGUAUCCCUAGCCAACAACAAUGGUGUCAGGGGAGGGGUCUGCCAUAUGGUGAGUUGGCAACAAUACUGGUGUCGGAAGUGUACAGAUUAUUUGGUGUCUGAUAUGUACAGCUGAUAUUGAUUGAAGAUAAGUAAAGCAGAUAUAGGAGUAAAAAAUCCAUAGGUAAAACUAGUGCGACAUGUGUACAGACUGUGGGAUGUCAGCUAGUGUUUGUGUUUUUAGUGUGGUGAACCCUGGCUACAACAACAGUGGAAUACAUGCAGUCAGAGAAUCACCAUCCCUGGUGGCAGUGUAAUACAUUUCGGUGAACCACAUGUGCCACAAGGACUGAAGCUACUAUUGUUAUCAAAAUAUCAAAGCUACUAUUUAUAUCAGAGGAUUAAAGGUACUAUUUGUUUCAGGAGAUUGAAACUACUAUUGGUGUCUGAGGAUUGAAGCUAUCAUUUGUUUCAGGAGAUCGAAGCUACUAUUGGUGUUGGAAGAUUGAAACCACUACUUGUUCAGGAGAUUGAAGCUACUAUUGGUGUCUGAGGAUUGAAACCACUACUUGUUCAGGAGAUUGAAGCUACUAUUAGUGUCUGAGGAUUGAAACCACUAUUUGUUCAGGAGAUUGAAGCUACUAUUGGUUUCUUUGAGCUACCUGUGAUUAUUGUCAGAUAUUGUGGAACUAAUAUUGCAUUCUACUUAGUGAAACUACUGGAAUACCAACAGUCAAACAACAUACUAUUCAGAGUCAGAUGUGAACAUGUCAGAUUGCCUGAAGCGCAACAAAAAUGUAAACCUACAUUGUUUCAAUGUAAUCAACAGCUGAACAACCCACUCAGUGUUUGUGCCUUGCUAAAUAAAUUCUGUAUCAGCUCACAAUGAUGGAGCUCCCAGGGUUAGCAGCCACCAGUUAAUGUAAAUCUACUUGUGGUGUUUAAUCUAUCAACACAUUGGAAUAAACACAAGGCACUUUGUUCCAUAUGGAUUAAUUCUGGAUCACAGAUGUAGAAGUUGUGAUUGUAUAUCACUCUAUCAAAUAUAUCUGCACAGGGAAAGUACAAUGGCUGCAACACACCAGCGACCAAACAUCACAACUGGAGGAAAAUUCCCAAGCUGGUCCUCAACAAGAAAAGCUUAGUGAUUGUGAACAUUCUGGGAUAUCUCAUUGCCAGCUUAUUGACAGCUCGGACAGGCAAACAGGCCUCUGAGGAGGAACAAGAGGAACACAUGUAACUUUCUAUAUCAAGUUGUAAUCACAGUCUGUCCAGGUCCUGCUCACCCAGGGUCAGUCCCACCAUCCGACUACUGUAUGCUUGGAGUCACAAAAUAAUACUAUUUCUGUUGCUCCUAAAUAACUCACACUGUUAAAUUAUAUGAUAAUACAAUGCAUACUAUGCCAUACUGAUACCCUAAGGAAUACUGAAGCCAAUAUCAUUUUCAAAUAUCUGACAUGUUAUUGCCAUUUGAAGAAUACAUAUUCAUGAGUAAACUUUGAAACAAGUAUAUUUUUUUUUUGAUAUUCAAUUCCCAUGUGUUUAUAAACCAGAAUGCUAUUUGCACAAUUUACAUUUUGAUUAAGCAAUGCUGUCGUUCAAGCUGGUUUGAAGAGAAAGGUUAGUUUUUCCAUCUGUUUCGAACUGUGUUUUAAACGGACAACGCUAUCACGUCUUGUGGGACGCAUGACAGAUCACAAAGGGUAUGUUGAUUUUGUAAAGUUCAGACUUAUUUAGAGAACAAGUCAUCAGAUUGAUAACCUCCAAUGAAGUUAAGAAGCUAAGGCAGCCCACACCACAAGGAUAAAGACACAGAGUCUGAAAUUUGACAAACUGCAGCUGCAUUGCAAGCCAACAUCAUUCCUUGGGGACCAUAAAAACAGAGUGGCAUCUUGGAUUUCUGACAUGAUUUUGAAAAGUCCAGGAUUAUUCAUGGUGAAAAAUAUGGACAGUUAACACUGAAAAAUUGUUGUCAGAUGUGAAUCUCAAGAGAAUUGCAAAUUACAAUUACUGCGAUAUUGCCCAACUAGUCAUCAAACAGGAUAUGGUAGGUGAUAAAAAGCCUUGGGACAAAUCUGCAAGUAUCACACAUUUCAUAAUGCAUUACAGCCAUUUUGUCACUUUACACUUAGUGGUGUCGCAGUGUUUCCUCACAGUGCUGCAAUAGUGAUCUGUCUACCCUGCACGGCAGAGGAAGUGGCUCCAUUUAACCCAUGCCGGCCAUGCACCAGCAUGUAGGUGAACUGUGAAUGGGAGAUUGUGACAUUGGAAUCUUCUGUCCAUAGCUUGAAUUUCGUCUAUGUCUUGCACAGUCUAGAAGCUGUGUGGAGGAACUGCCCAAGAAGCACCAUUAAGACAAAUCAAUGAGAAAUCCUUCUGGAUCAUGCCUAUUGUGACCACAGUGGGGUGGACAGGAGGGUAACACUGAGAAAAAACCAUAACAAAUGACACGGGGCCAAGACAGAGAAGCUCAUUGCAAUCAGUACCUACAUUCCAUCUGAUUCCAAUAAAGCUGAGAGCAGGUAUCCGCAUUUGAAACAUGAACUUAAAGUGUCAGAUUUACAUAGAAAGUAUCAUGAUGAUUCUAUUGAGUAUUGAGAAAAUCAAUGGUGGAUCCCACAAGGUGCAGCUCAGCGCACCCCAGAAUGAGACGUUCCUCGUCUAUUUCAAUCCACCAGUGAUCAAUAAUCUGAAAGUGAAUUCACGACAGAGCGUCUAUUUCAACUGCUCUCCGCUCGAGCCUGGCUCUGGUAGCCAGGAAAAUAUCACUUCUUAUGCAUUUGUGAUAAUCUCGGACAAUGACAAUAUAGCCCGGCCAGUGGUGGACAGUCUGUAUGACAAGUCGGUGGAUAUGGAGCAGGAGGAAAGAUACGCUGUCAUGUCCGUGGAAGCUGACCGAGAACAUAACUUCACCAUAGAGGCUAUGCAUGUUGGGCGUGUGACGAUGUCUGUCGCGAUGCUCAACACGUAUCACAACAGCAUGGAUGUACCAGAGGCCCACUAUGUCCAAGCCAUCAGUGUCUCCGUCAAACGUGAACAACGUCUUGCCGAUAUUGUGUUUAAUAGCUCGGCUGCUGCUGUGGCCAUCCUUAUAAGUUUUGGCAUAGGCUGUGUGACUGAUACAGAGAGCCUGAAGAGACAGCUGAAAUACCCUGUGUCCCUCGUCAUAGGCUUCUGUUGCCAGUUCAUCCUCAUGCCUGUUGUGGCGUUUGGGUUAGCGAUGUUGCUACCCGUCAAUAAAGAUAUACGUUUUGGAUUACUAUGUGUGGCAUGUGUGCCAGGAGGCGGCCUUGGGCACGUGGCUGUCAUGAUUGGCGACGCUGACGCUCCUCUCAGCCUCACCAUGAACAUGAUCAGUGUUGUGGCUAUGUUAGGUACGGCCCCAUUAUGGGUUUUCGUUCUCGGACAAUACUUUCAACAAGGAGUAGACGAGAAGACCACAAGGAAUAUUCCAAUUUACGAUUUCGAAAUUUGGUUGGCUUCAACAUUUUUUGCUUACACAUUCGGACUGGUGAUAAACAGGUUCCGGCCUGUGAUAGCAGACGCCAUCUUAACCUGGUUGAUUAAGCCACUGUUACUUCUUGCUACCAUUCUCUAUAUCACAUUAGGCGUUUACAUAAAUAUGUAUGUGUUUGAAUACAUCGAUAAUUACGCAGUUCUGGGAGCAAUUCUGCUUCCUGUGUGUGGAUGUGCAACUGGAUUUGUGUUCUCUGUGGCAUGUCGGCAAAAGGUCCGCUUCAUCAAAACAAUAGCACUGGAGACAUCAAGCAUGAACUGCCUGAUUGUUUUAGCUGCUCUACGUUUUUCUCUUCCUCAACCAGAUGCUGAUAUGGCCUCUAUGAUUCCAAUAUGGGUUAUGUUCACUAUGCCAGGACUUUACGUCUGCUUGGCCAUCCUGCAGACGGUCAAGAAGUGGGUUGAUAAUUUCUUGGAAAGUCGGAAACAGAAGAACUGUCGGAACUACAGUAUUGUUUCUGGCAUCAUAAAUCAGCCGGGAAUAGCAGCGCUGUCUGCGCCAUUGUUUGUGGCAGAGAAUUCCGAGGAUGAACACAAUACCCCCAAUGAAAAAGUGACAGUGUUAUAGCAUUUCUACGGCUUAGGACUUUCCAAUUAUCUUUAGUACAUUAACAACCAUUCUCAGGCCGACAUCUCAGUGGUAAAGCAUAAGCAAUGUUUCUUGGUUUAUAUGUGUAUGAAUGUUGAUUUUUAUUGCAAUUGUUGAUACAUGCUUAGGACGUUUUUUCCAGCCAACAAAUCUCUAUGGUGCUGGUCACCACAUGCAAAUGUUUCCAUCUAGACGCACAUGUAAAAAAAAACAUAUUCACGACGCACUCACAACGCUUGUCACAUGACCUCAGUGUGCAAGAAGACAACAGUGCAAUCCUUUCACACUUUGUCCGUUUUAUUGAUUUCAAAUUUUAUUUUUUAUCAUGUAGUCCCUCCAGACAUGGGUGGAUGCCCCAUAUGUCCUUCAGUGAUUUGUGCAUAGCAACAGUCCAUCUGCCCGUAACUCUUAUCCUGUUGAACAAACAUACCCAAGGUUACAUCUUGGAGAAUCCUGCAGUGUCGGUAGGGUAGCCUGGUGAUUAAAGCGUUUGCUCGUCACACCAAAGACCCAGGUUUGAUUCCCCACAUGGGCAUAAUGUGUAAACCCAUUUCUGGUGUCCCCUUGCUGGAAUAUUGCUAAAAGCAGUGUAAAACCACACUCACUCACUCUGAUUCUGCAAUGAACUGAUAAUCCUCAUUUGUUUCUUUGCCUAGUUAAAAUUUAGUCUUGCAGGAAUUUUCUAACUGAAUAAAAUAUAUAAAGGCAAUCAUGGAUUUGAUGGCUGUAACAGUGUAACUGUCGAUAUUUUAUCCGAACCUAAACGUGAAUUGUAUUAUCUCUUUCUAAAGCCCUAUUUUACACCAAUUCAACACUGUUCAACACUUAUGCCAGAUCAAAUUCAUUCUGGCCUAAUAGGAUAAGAGUUACGAGCAAAAACAGACCGUCUAAAGAUUUUUUCCAUGUUUACUUGUACAUAUGAUACUGCCUAGCUUAGAUUGAGUAGCUGUGAUGCAACAUAUUGGCCACUCUGAUUAUCCAGAUAUUGCAUCUCCAUCUUCUAUUAUGAUACACAUGCAGGACCAAUUCACCACCACAGCAUCAUUUUGAGCGAGGGUUGAAUGAUGCAAAGCUAAAAAUAACCGUCCAAUCAAAUUGCAACAAGCAGUUAUAGCACUAUUACUUGACUCACCUUAUUUCUCAUCUACAGCUCGGAAUGUUGCCAUGAGAUGUUUCCUCACAUCAUAAAUACUCAGAUAAACAUCUUUUCAAGCUAAAAUUUCAUUACUCAGAGUCUUCAGAUGCAAUAGAAAAUAUUGGGGGCUUGUCGUAUUAGGCCGCACUUUUAAUAGCAGAAAUUGCAUUCAGAACAAACAUUUUGAUUGGCUGUUGAUUUCAAGGUCAUGAGCAAGUGCAAUUCUUUGCUAACUUAUACGUGAUAAGAGAGAAGUGUAUGGUGGUCACUUCCCGAACGAAACAGUACUGGUAAAUCAGUCCAGUAUAUUUAUUGUAAUAGAAUGGUGAUAUAAUAUACUGGUUUGGAGUUGGCAAACUGAUGCAAUAUAUAUCAAUCACAGACAGAUUCAAUGAAGUAGUGACACUUAGCUGUAUGGUAUUGGUGCAUGUGUGACUGUAAUACCAACAUCCCACCAAUCAAUGACUUGUAUUUCUUGGGUGAUUCUGAUUGGUUAACUGCCAAAACUCUAGCACAUGAUUGGUGGAUACUUUGAAGUAGUGACACUUAGCUGUAUGGUAUUUGUGCAUGUGUGACUGUUACCAGCAUCCCACCAAUCAAUGGCUAGUCCAAGGCCAAUUCUGAUUGGUUAACCUCCUCAUCUGUAGCAUAUGAUUGGUGGAGGCUGCAGUGAGAUCAAAAGCACCAUUUGGUGUCAUAAGUCAAGCAAGUUGUAGAUUGUGCAGACACAACACUAUUCAAUUUAUAGCAAGUAACAUUAGCAGAGAUGCCAACCCCCAAAUUUGUAAAUUCCAAAACAAAUUAUUUAUCACCAUUAGCAUGGUUGAUUGACUGUUUUGUUAAAAAAAGAAAGAAAGAUCUUUGGCAUUUCUUCUAAAUAUGUAAACCUUCCAAUCACAAGCUAAACAAGUGAUUAUUUAUUAAUUGAUUAUAAUUCACUUGAUUAUAUCAGCGGAAUUUGGCUCAAGUUGUUCAAAAUUGCACACCAAAAUUGCACAGGCUGGCAUCUCAAAAUUACGAGCAUGAACCUAAUGGAGCAAGUUGUAUAUGCAGAUAUCAAAACUGGAGACAUUUUCUUAU